UAAGUUCGAUUUUAUCGAUAUCCACUGUUGAUAUGGCCGCUUGUCAAAUUGCAAAAUUCUGAAUCUAAAUUAAGAAAAAUAAUAUAAUAAAAAAUAAUCUAUAUUCUUACAAUAAAAGAAGUACAAUGUGGCCGCUUGUAAUGGCUGUCCUCAGGCGCAAUGCCGUUUACAUAACUCUGCCCAUUGCCGGCGUGGUGGGAUUUAUCGGCUAUAACCUGGAGAGCCUGCUGUCUGACAAAUAUACCCCAUACAGUCCCUCCAUUCAGGAAGUUCGCUCCAAGCGCUUGUCCGAAGAGAGCCUCACAACGAAUGCCGACAAACUGGAGAACCUCCGGCUGAGCGGCUCUGUCCUGGAGCGAAAUCUGUCCCCUUCCCUGCAGCCAAAGGCCUGAAUUAAAAGUUAUACUCUGUAGAUAUUAGAUAAAAUUACAAAAAUAUUUAAAAUCAAACUAA